CUCCAGCUGCAGCGCCGGGAGUGUUUGCGGAGUUUCCGCAGCAUCAGGCGCAGAUUCGGCGCAGGCGCACACCCCGCAAUGGCGACCGCGCGGGCUGGCCUCCUGCUUCUCCUCCUGUCGGCGGCUUUGGCUGAGCAAGUUCAAAAAAAGAGCGAAGAAGCGCGACCUGUGCGUCUGUUCACUGAGGAGGAGCUCCGCCAAUAUGACGGCAGCGAGGAGCACCAUCCUAUUUACAUGGCAGUGAAAGGGGUGGUGUUUGAUGUCACCAAGGGGAAAGAAUUUUAUGGCAAGAAUGCUCCAUACAACGCUCUGACCGGCAAAGACUCCACCAGGGCGGUGGCCAAGAUGUCCCUCAACCCGGAAGAUCUGACAUCGGAUAUUACCGGCCUCACAGAGGAGCAGCUCCAGUCUCUGCAGAACAUUUUUGAGGGCACAUACAAAGCCAAGUAUCCUAUCGUGGGGUACACUGCGUCCCGGAUCCUCAGUGCUGAUGGAAGCCCUAACCCAGACUUCCAACCAGAGGAGCAGCCUCAGUUUCAGAUCAAAGAUGAGUUCUAAUGGUUUUUCAUCCCAGAAUCAAGGUGGAUUGUUUUCCCAAACAGUUACAGACCUGAUCUUAAGUCUUCAAAGUCUGGUUUUAGCUGGACAACAUUCUUUGUUUUCUCAGACUCUGACUGUUUUGGUGUCAGCUGUAUGGACUUUUUAGGUUCUCUCUUAAGAACCCUGAUGAUACCUAAAAAUGUGAAACUUUUCACAGAUUACAAUACAUGUAGUCAUGUAAAAAGUAAAAAAGAAAACAUUUACACUCAAGUUUUUUCUAUUAGACCCACUUCAAAGCAAAUGUUUUUUUAACAUGUUUUUGUGGCCUUUUUCUGACUAUGGAAGACAUGUAUAAAGAUAAUUAAAAUUCAAACUGCAUUUCUGAGUAUUUUUUUAUUCAAAAUGUUGUGAAUUAGCAGGAGACGAAAAAAGGUUGUUUAAUGAAAACGAUUAAGUAUUUGUGACGUAGAAAAUUAGCUGUAAUUAACAGACAUUAAUCAUCCUUUAUUUGUUACUUUUCUUUUUGAUUGCAAGUCCAACUUUGAGACAUUUUUCAAUGAUAUUACAUUCACAUACAUUCACAUACAUUCACAUUUCUGCUGCUCGUCAGAGCACCGUAUAAAAUAGUCAACUUCCAUUCAACUUUAUUAACGACCACAGCAGAUAAAACGUCAUCUCAUGUACAGUCCCCUUUUUUGGUCAUUUAUUAUCAUUAUCAAAAUAUGAAAAGUGGACAUUUUUCCAGAAUUUUUUACUAAUAAAUUUAGUAAUUUACUAAUAAACUCUAACGGCACUAAAGGAUUGUGGGAUGCGGCCAAAGUAGGGCUGAGCAUGGAUGUUUCUUUUUGUUCCACCAUGACUUGGGGGGUCUAAGAGCAGAAGUGACUUGCAUGCUGUUUGUCUGCUUGUGGGUCUGUCAAAAUAAAUGGACUUGUUGCCGGAAAUGAAAA